AAUCAAAUCAUCUUGAAAGAAUCUACAGAAUAAUAAUAAUAAAAAAAAAUGGAUGAUGUAUCAAAAAUAUCAACAAUGGUGGCAACGACCACAACCAAAACAACCGGCAACACACCCACCACGAUUGCCACACAAAAUAGACAAAAAACAUCAAGCCAAGCUAGUACGACGGCGGCAGCAGCGGCGGCCACUAAUUCGACCGCUAAUAUCAAUAAAACAAUGGAUAUAAGUCUUACGUUAUGUUAUCUUUUGCAACGAAUUCUUAUACCAUGUACAUUGGCUGCAGCCGUUUUGUUACGACAAAAUCUUCUAUCAGGAAUAUAUUUGAUUCUAUUAUUGUUGGCGCCAAUAUUACCUAGUCCAACACCGGAAAAUGUUAUCAACGGUAUCAAUGGAAUUUAUCUCAAGAGUAUAAUCGUUUUAAGUUCAAUAGCCAAUUCAGCGCAUAUUAUUACGCAAAUUAUUCUAUUGGCCGCAUUCAAUUAUUCAACAUCAAUUGAUUAUUGUACAAAUAUUGGCAAAAUAAUGAACCUGAUCGGUCUACAUCGUUAUAAUGAUUUAUCAUUUUUCAAUAUAAUACGAUUAUGUUGUAUGGAUUUUAUUGUACUGUUGAUAACUUGUUUAGUUUUGGCAUUCUCAUCGCAUACCUAUCAUUCCAAAUUGGAUACAUCAAUUGGUGAUAAUAUUACGAAUGAUAUUCGAUUUCAAGAACGAAGAUUCACCGAUGUUAGUUAUGUUGGUGAAAUGUCUGGCAGACGUUUCACCAAUAGACAAUCGACUAUGGCAGCACCAAGUAAACGGCGAUUAAAAAGAGAAAAAGCCGAACGUCUUAGCUAUUAUAUUAGUGAAUUCAUCUUUUUCAUUUCAUUAUGUGCAUCAGCCAUAUUGGAACCAUCAUUAAUAUCAUCAAUAUAUUUUCUUUAUUUUUUAUUUAUUGGUUCAUGGUUUGCAUUGGAUCGUCAAUUUGGUACUGGUUAUCAUUAUUUUCGUUUAUUUAUAGCCAUUUUUGUUGCCCUACAUUUUUCAUUAUUAUAUUUCUAUCAAUUUUCAAUGUUUUAUCCAUUAAUUCCAUCUACCGAUAUUAAUGCACGUCUAUUUGGUCUUGUUGGUUAUAUAAACAAUACCUGUUCGGAUGUACGACAUUUUCAGCUUAAUGAUUAUCAUUUUGUACGUUUUUUACAUCCAUUAGUAUUGCUCAUAUUAUAUUUCGUUUCCGUUCAAUUAAUACGAACAAUAUUGAUUGAUAAAAAAUUAUCACAGCAACAAUUAGUGCGUACAGAUACGUAUGAUGAUCAUCAUGGCAGAAAAUCACCAAACACCGUUUAUAUGGAAUAUGAUGAUGAUGAAAGAAGACCAAUGUUGUUGUCAGAAUCAGUGCACAUGAAUUAUGCUUUUGAUAUUAGAAGCAAUAAUAAUGUUCAUACACCCUUAUUACGUACAAAUCGAUUAAAUCGAACCUAUCAUUCUAUACGUGGUAGAGCCGAUUCAAUGAUUGAACCACAAACAUUGCAACAUAAUCAUGAUCGUAAUAAUGAUGAAUUGUUAACCAAUAUACAUUCACAGCAACAAAUGUCAACAUCAUUGCCGCCAUCACCAAUGCCAUUAUCGCCAACACCAACAUCUGUAUUGCCUGGCGGUGGUGGUGGUUGUGGAAUGAAACAAUCAAUAACAGCAACAAGUCGUGAUCAAUCAAAUCAAUUUUCAUUAUUCUGUUUUGAAUUUGUUACUAUGGUUAAACGUGCUAGUUAUGUUAUAACAUUAAUCGUUAUGAUGACAUGGUCAAUUACAUAUCAUUCAUGGCUAUCAUUUGUUCUAUUAUUAUUAUCAUGUAUAAUAUGGAUGACACCAAAUUCACGUGAAACUUGUCUACGAUCAUCACCAUUUCUUGUUUUCUAUGCCAUUGCAUUGGUUAUUGGACAAUAUAUUUAUAGUUUAAAUCUUAAUGACACUGAAUUGCCAAUAACAAUUGGAUCAAUAAGUAUUGGAGAAAUUGGUUUCAAAAAAUAUGGCCAAUUCUCUUAUCAACCAUUAUUUACGAAGAUAUUUUAUACAAUGUUUUUCUGGAUUACACUUCGCCAAUAUACUGAAAGUCUUAAGGAUCCAAUAAUUAGUGAUUAUCAAUCAUCAUCAUCGGGCAUAUUAUCACCAUUAUUUAAUCUUGGUCCACGUGCUACUACUACUACUACUACUACUGCAGCUAUUGUACAAACACAAGCCGCCGAACAACAACAUUUUGAAACACAACAGCAAGGUUUUACAUCACAAAGUGAAAUUUUUGAUUCAAUGAUAAAAUGUUUCAAAGAAAUUCUGAUCAAAUAUUUAAUUUGGAUCGUAGCCAUCAUGUUGAUGGUGAUGUCAUUAAGUGGUUCAAAAGUGGUCAUCUAUCGUAUUGUUUAUAUGUUUCUAUUUCUUAUUUUCACAUUAUUGUUACUAUUUUCAUUGAAAUGGUGGCGUAAAUUAAUCUAUCCAUUUUGGUUGAUUGUCAUUCUUUAUUCAAUGAUCAUAUUGAUUGCCAUCUAUACGUAUCAAUUUAAUAAUUUUCCAAAAUAUUGGGAACAAUAUCUUCAUAUCGAUAGAGAUCUUCAAGCUGAUCUUGGGCUCGUUGUUUACGAUGAUGAUGCAUUUAUUUUAUUCAAAGAACUUCUUACGCCAACAUUUUUCAUCAUUAUCACCAUAAUUCAAGUUCAUUUUGUACAUAAAGAUUUUUUAAAAUCCAGUAAUAUUGAUGAAAUUCUUGAUCGUUUGGCAACUACAUCGCCAAGUCUUAAUAAUUCUGUUGCAUUAGAUUUAUGUUUAGAAACCAGAAACAGAAUUCAUCAAUCCGAUACAUCGUUAGAUCCAUCAAUUGUUGUCGAUAAUUGUCCACAACAACAACAGCCAGUAUCAACAGAAACAGAUCGUUCAAAAAGUCAACCAAGUCAAUCUGAAGAAAUAUCUGUACAGACGGUUAUUUCAAAACGUAAUAUAAAACCUACAAUGGAUCGACGAUAUUAUCGUUCACCAUCAAUGGCAAGAAGUGAAUCAAAAUCUACAUUAUUAUUACCAUCAACAAUGAAACCAACAUUUAAAGAAGAAAUUUUACAAAUAUUUUUCAAAUGUAUUCAUCAUUUACGUACAAUUAUUGACCAAUGGAUGAUUGUAUUUUGGCGUUUUUUAGAAGUUCACAUCAUGAAAGCUGUCUGUCUUUGUACGGUACUGAUUGCCAUUCAAGAUGUAUCGGUUGUUAAUGUUAUAUUCGUAUUACUUACAAUCAUUUUGAUGAUAUUUAAUCGAUUCGAAAAAAUGAUCUGUUUCAUGUUUGCAUUAUGGGCUGGAUUAUUGAUACUAUUGAAAAUGUUAUUUCAAUUGAAAAUUGCCCAAAAAAUCGAUUGGAAUACCACUUGUACAACGUUUGAUAGUACGAAUACCGUUCAAGUGGUCGAUAAUCGUGCUUAUAUCGGUUUUCUUAAGACUGAUGAUAUUUUCUCCUAUAUUUGGGAAUAUAUUGCAUUGAUCAUCAUGUUAGUAUUUCGUACAGUAAUACUUUUACGACAAUAUCUAUAUCGUAAUCAUGAAUAUGGUAAUCGUCCAUUACUUGAUGGUGUUAUAUUUCCCGAUGUUGAUCGUGCAAUGGCCGAUAAAGAUUUUGCAAAUUUUUUCAAAUAUCUACUCAAUUUUGGUUUCUACAAAUUUGGUGUUGAAAUUUGUCUAAUAUUAAUGACCAUAACUAUUGGCAAUCAUGGCGAUAUAUUCAGUGUACUUUAUUGUCUAUUUCUUAUUGCAUUUGUUCUAUUCAAUCGUUCGGAAUGUCGCCGUUUUUGGUCAUAUUUGGUUGGAUUUAUGUCAAUAGUAUUACCAUAUCAAUAUCUAAUGUGUUUAGGUAUUGCACCUGGUUUAUGUUGGCUUUAUCCAUGGCAUAAACUGCCACCAGCUGAUUUUGAUUGGUAUUUUCUACCGGAUUUCAAACAUCAAUUGCCAAAACAAAAACUUUAUCUAGAUUUUUUGCUAUUCUUUUUUCUUUGUCGACAACUUUUUUAUUUUCGAUUGGAAUCAAAAUUAAUCAUUUACGGUGGAUCAAAUCUGGAAGCAUCGAAAGAACAAACACCACAAAAUGUGUUUGAUUUUUUCUCAUUUGGCAAUACAUUAUUCGAUUCAUUUAAAUCAUAUUUUUUGUUCUGUUUCUUUUGGAUCACUUUGGCCGUACUAUUUUUGGCCGGCACAACACGUAUCAAUUUAUUCGGUCUUGGAUAUGUAUUGGGUAGUUUUAUUUUCCUUUGGAAUGGUAAUGAAUUCUAUUUGAAACCAAGCAGAAUGAUUUUCAAAUCAUGGAAAACUAUAAUCGGUUAUACGUGUAUGGCAAUGUUAUUGAAAUCAAUUUUACAGGUUUUUGUACUCACAUUUUUACGUAACAAUAUGUGUUGGGCCGUACAAUUGAUGGGAUUAAGUUAUCAUCAAAAAGAAUCCAGUUCAAUUGAUAAACAAACCAUGGAAUUAUUGGCUAAAUGUCCAUCCACUGAUUCUGGUCUACUUUGGGAUGGUAUUUGUUUUACAUUUUUAUUGAUACAGAAACGUAUAUUUUGUAGCCAUUAUUUCAAAUAUCUAAUACGUGAAAUAAAAGCACAACAAUUUUUGGCUGCACGUGGUGCUGAAUUAAUACAUGAAAUUCAAGCACAAGAAGUGGCUGAACAAGAAAUUGCUGAACGUGAAGUGAUGGAAAAAAUUAAACAAAAAAUGGAUCGAAUUAAAGAAGCCCAACAACGAAUGUUUGCCAAUCAAGCACGUAGUAUUAAAUAUCAUAAACAAGAUGAAUAUGAUUAUGACAUAUCACCAUAUGUUGGUGGUGUUGGUGGUGGUGAUGAUGAAACAUUAUCACAAACAUCAGAAACCGAUGAUCUGUUCUCAGCAUUAUCACAAACAUUACCAACGGUUUAUUCACCAACACCAAGUGUACCAACAAUAACAUCACCACAAUCGGCUACAUCACUUCAACCGGGUUAUUUUGAAGUUUAUAAUGUUUGGCCAAUAAGACCAAUCGAUGCAUCAUCAUUAUCAUCGAAUACGUUUGCUUCAUUCAGUUUUGGUUCCGGUCAACAUUCGAUUGCUGCUGCUGGUGGUGCUGCUGUUUCGUGUACCAAAGAAAAAACAUCACCAUCAAUAUAUGGUCAUCAACAAACUGGAUCAUCGAUUAGAACACGUGAAUCAUCAUCAUUGACAACACGGAAUAUACGAACCGAUUCUAUUCAUCGUCGUAUUUCAAUUUCACCAACAUCCAUACGUGUACCAUUACAACAACAAAAAGAAGAAGAAAAAACAACAACAAUUCAUACGAAACAACAUCAACGACGAAUGUCUCAUGCUUCAUCUGUAAAAUCUGGUGGUUACUAUAUGUUCGAAGAAGGUGAUACCGAUGUUUGUGAUUUGAAUUCCAAGACCAGAGAAUCAUUGAUACCGGAUCCAGAAGGCGAUGAAAUACGAAAUAUUGCCAAGUCGAAAGGAUUUACAGCAUUUUGUUCGAAAAUAUUUAAAGGUGAAGAAACAUCUGAAGCUGCUAUUGUUUCAGCUGAAAUUACAGAUGUAGGUGAAUCUAGUCAUGAUUCUCCGAUUGUAUCGGUAGAAAGAAUUAAACGUAAUCCUGAUUCAUCACGUCCAACUACGAUGACUUCGAUACCGGAUUCACAAGCCACUGAUUUAUCGGCAAUGUCAUCAUUAACUGGUGGUAGUAGUAAUAUUACUGCAGGACAAAUUGUUCAACCAAUUUGUGAAGAUCAACAACAACAACAACAACAACAACAUCAGCAGCUGCAGCAGCAGCAACAACAACAUAUGGAAAAGAUUCGUAGUUGGUUUGAUUUUAUCAAAACAUUCACUGAAAGUAUUUUCAUUAGUUCAACAUCAAAUUUGAAUGCCGUAUCACGUGAUUAUCGUUUCGUUGCUAAACGAUUGGCUGUGGAGAAAAAAUGUUUGAAAAAAAUCAUUGAAAUCAACGAACUUGAAGGUAUUGGUCAUGAUUUUAUUGGCGAUCAAAUAUGGAAGAAAAAUACGUUGGCAAAAUUAUCGAAAUUAACUGAAGAAAAUCUAGAAAAUGUUGCUAAAAGUGAUGCAAAAGAUGUGCUACGAGUUUGGAAUGAAUUAGAUACAACAUCAUUGGAUGCAAAUAAACAUUUAUAUCAUGUUUCAUUGGAUCCACGAUACAUGGAAACAAGUAUUUAUAUACAUUUUUUUCGUGCAAUAUUCUACGCUAUACUAUCACGUUCAGAAGUUAUUUGUUAUAUAAUAAUUGUUAUUAAUCAAAUUACAUCGGCUUCAAUUCUAUCGUUACCAUUGCCAAUGUUAACGUUUCUAUGGGGAUCAUUAUCAGUACCGCGGCCAUCGAAAUCAUUUUGGGUCACUUGUAUUACUUAUAUUGAAAUUGUUGUCGUAUUGAAAUAUGUAUUUCAAUUUCAUUUUUGGCCAUGGACCGAAUUGAUAAAACCAUCACCAUUUUGGUGGCCACGUUUAUUGGGCAUUGAGAAAAAAGAUAAUUAUGCCAAUUAUGAUUUGAUUCUAUUGUUGGUACUAUUUUUUCAUCGUUUCAUGUUAAAAAGUUUGGGCCUUUGGGAUCUAAGUGAAACCGAAAUCAAAGCCUAUAUGACUAAUGCAGAAUUAUUUCAAUCACGUAUUGAAGAUAUUAAUGAUGGUUUGUCCGAUUCGAAUCCACAGAAUAUGAAUAAUAAUGGUAAAAAAUCGAAAAAUUCAAAGAAAAAAUCCACUACUAAUGGUGGUGGUGGUGGUGGUGGUGGUGGUAAGAAAAAUAAAUUAACACAAAAAUCUAGUCAAGAAAAACAAUUAGAAGAACAACAACAACAGCAACAAUCGAUUUCAAAUGAUGUACAAAUUAAUGAUCCAGCUGCUGAUCAUCAUCAUCAUCAACCUAAUUCUUCAGCAAUGAUGAUAGCAACAUUACCACCACCAUUACCUGAACAGCAUUUAUAUGAAAAUGAAUUGAUGCAGCAGCAGCAAGAAGACGAUGGAGAUGAACCAGAAGGAGAUGAGAUAAAUUUUAUUUAUAUUCUAAUGGAAAUUCCUACACGUACACGUAAAAGAUUUUCGACAAUUGUAAGACCAGUGUAUAAAUUUUUUCAUAAUGUUCUUCAUCCACCAUAUCGUAUUACACAUGAUGUAUAUUCAUUAAUGUUUCUUUGUGAUUUUAUCAAUUUUUUCAUUUUGGUUUUUGGUUUCUAUGCAUUUGGGAGUGGUUAUUCUGGCAGUGAAGAUGUUGCCAGAUUUCUUGAAGAGAAUAAAAUUCCAAUUGGUUUUCUCAUUACAUUGUUGAUACAAUUUGCACAGAUUAUCGUUGAUCGAGCUAUUUAUCUACGAAAAUAUAUUAAAGGAAAACUAUUAUUUCAAAUUUUCAUUGUAAUCUUUACACAUUUGUGGCUAUUUUUUGCAUUACCCGCCAUGACCGAUAAAGCAUUUACGGAUAAAACAAAUUUGCCACCAAAAUUAUGGUACAUUUUUAAAUGUAUCUAUCUUUUAUUAUCCGCAUUUCAAAUACGUAGCGGUUAUCCAACACGUAUAUUGGGCAAUACAUUUUGUAAAAAAUAUAAUUUUGUCAAUUGGUAUCUAUUCAAAGUAUACAUGCUUAUUCCGUUUGUAUAUGAUCUUCGUAUGUAUAUGGAUUGGAUUUGGACCGAUACAAGUCUUGUACUGGAUGAAUGGUCAUUGAUGGAAGAUAUUUUUGUCAAUCUUUAUCAACGUAAAUGUGAACUUCGAUUGGAUGAAGAAUUUCCUGAACCAAGAGGUCGUGCUAAAAAACGUUUUUUCAAAUAUUUAAUUGGUGGUUCUUGGGUGAUUAUCAUUAUCGCUUUAAUCUGGGGACCACUAGUAUUGUUUGCAUUUGGUCGUGCUGUUGGUGAGAUAAAUCCACCGAUUGGUGCAACAUUCGAAUUAGAAAUCGGUGGCUAUCAACCAUUGUUCAAAAUGAGUGUCACCGAUAGUGGAUUAGUUCCAAUAAAUGAUCAAAAAUGGGCAAAACUUGGUUCAAGUUUUAAUCGUGAUCCAGUAGCACAAACAUUCAUCAAUGGUUAUGAUCAACAAGAUGUUUACAUUGUCAAUUUGAAUGGUAAUUCAACAGCUGUGUGGGGAAUUUCACCACCAAGUCUGAAAAUUCUGCAAAAUGAAUUAAUUUCAAAUCAAACAAUGUUGUACAUGAAAAUCACCUAUUUUCUAACACGGAAAAAAACCAAAACACAAGAUAUGGAUACGACAAUUUAUGAUGAAUAUUUUAUUGAAUUACAUCCAUUGAAAGAUUAUGAAUUACGUCAUAAAUUGGCUGAUAUGAUAUCGCAAAGUGAAGAACAGAAUCCUGCCAUUAUACCACAUAUAUUUCCAAAUUAUCUUCGUGCUCCGGAAAAAGGCAAACCAAUUGUUGUGACAGAAUUGGUGAAGAAAAGUUUUAAUGCUGCAAAUCAACAAACUGUGGCAACAAAUAAAUCAAUGAAUUUUCGUAAUCUAUUAAUAUUGCUUAAAAAAGGCAAUUAUGAGAAUAAUAAUUUUUCAAUGACAUCUUGGUGGGAAAUUCACGAUGAUUGCCAGAAUAUUGAUUAUUUGGAUCCAUUCUUUAACGAUAUGAUGAUUACUGAACGUUGUCAAUAUUUGCCGGUUAUUGUAUUCAAUGAUAAAGUUUUUAUUGGUCUAUUAGCAUUUUUAUCCGGUUAUGGUAUAAUUGGUAUCUAUACUACAUUCGUAUUUUUAGUAUCACGUUGGGUACGUGGACUUAAUUCAGAAUCAUCAUUUAAAGUGAUCUAUACACGUAUGCCAAAUGUUGAUCGUGUAUUACAAUUAUGUUUGGAUAUCUAUCUUGUACGUGAAAGUCGUGAAUUUGAAUUGGAAGAAGAUUUAUAUGCAAAAUUAAUAUUUCUUUAUCGUUCACCUGAAACAUUGAUUAAAUGGACAAAAAUUAGUGAAGAAAUUAAUAGUGGUGGUGGUGGUGGUGGUGUAUCUAACAAUCAACAACAGCAACAUGUUGAUCAUCAAUGA